CGAUCCUUCCUCCUCUCAACUCAAAACAGAAAAGGAGGAGGAGGAGGAGGAGGAGAAGAGGAGGAGGAAGAAGAUGCAUUUGAGCGAGAACGAGGGCAUCGAGGGCGCCGUCUUCGUCGUCACCGGCGGGCUAGGCUUCGUCGGAGCCGCGCUCUGCAAGGAGCUGGCCCGGCGAGGCGCUCGCGAGGUCCGAUCCUUGGACCUCCGCCUCGCCUCCCCCUGGUCUCGCGAUCUCAAGGACCAUGGAGUCCACUGUAUCCGCGGGGAUAUCGCGCGCAAAGCUGACGUCGAGAAAUCUCUGCGCGGUGCCGACUGUGUGUUCCACCUCGCUUCGUUCGGCAUGUCUGGCAAAGAGAUGCUGCAAUUUGGUCGAGUUGAUGAGGUGAACAUAAAUGGCACCUGCCAUGUUCUGGAAGCCUGUGUUGAGUUGGGGAUUGGAAGGCUCGUCUAUGUCAGCACGUAUAAUGUUGUGUACGGGGGGAAGGAGAUCGUGAAUGGCAAUGAAAGCUUGCCUUAUUUCCCUUUAGACGAUCAUGUAGAUUCUUAUGGUCGUAGCAAGUCAAUUGCAGAACAAUUGGUUUUGAAGAGCAACGGUCGUCCUAUGAAGAAAAAGAAGGGGAAAAACCUCUACACAUGUGCUGUCCGUCCAGCUGCGAUAUAUGGUCCAGGUGAAGAUAGACACCUUCCUAGGAUUGUAUCACUGUCGAAGUUGGGUCUCCUCCCAUUCAAAAUUGGUGAGCCCACUGUGAAGACAGAUUGGAUUUAUGUCGAUAAUCUUGUCCUUGCUCUUGUAUUAGCAAGCAUGGGGCUUUUGGAUGACAUUCCUGGGACUAAAGGACAACCAGUAGCUGCUGGCCAACCAUAUUUUGUAUCUGAUGGAUCUCCGGUAAACACUUUUGAAUUCUUGCGACCUAUUCUUAGAAGUCUAGAUUAUGAUGUACCCAAGGCUUCCUUGUCUGUUCCUCGUGCUCUUUCUUUGGGCAAGGUUAUUGGGGCUGUCUAUACCAUGUUGUAUCCUUGGUUGAAUAGGUGGUGGCUUCCGCAGCCUCUCAUCCUUCCAGCGGAAGUAUAUAAGGUAGGCGUUACCCACUACUUCUCAUUUCUUAAAGCUAGAGAAGAGCUUGGCUAUGUCCCUAUGGUGUCUCCUCGUGAAGGCGUGGCCUCGACGAUUGCAUACUUGCAAGAGAGGAAGAGGAAGAGCCUGGAUGGCCCUACCAUUUACGCAUGGAUGUUCAGCAUAAUUGGAAUGGCCGCACUAUUUGCAGCCGCUUGCUUACCGGAGAUGGGGCCUGUGAGAUACUUAAGAGCCCUCAGCCUUUUCUUUUGCCGGUCAAUGUGGGUGGUCAGGUUGGUACUUGCGGCAGCUGUGGCAGCACAUGUCGGGGAGGCAAUAUAUGCUUGGCGCCUCGCCAAGAGGGUCGACCCUGCCAAUGCAAGGGGAUGGUUUUGGCAAACUUUUGCGCUCGGGAUCUUUUCAUUGCGUUUUCUACUUAAGAGAGCUAAGUAGGUGUUGCGAAAAACUUGUACUCCCGCGAUAGAAAACGUCCAACAUUAUGCAAUCUCGCUAGAAUUUUGCGGUUA